AUGGGGGUGAAAAACGAUAGGGUGAAAUUCAAUGUUGGAGGCAGAGUAUUUGAAACGACAGCAACAACACUUGCAAAUGCCGGGAGAGAUUCCAUGUUGGGUGCAAUGUUAGAUGAGAAUUGGAAUCUGUUAGAUAAUGGAAGUGAGAGAUUCAUCGAUCGGAAUCCAGAUUGUUUUUCUGUUAUCUUGGAUCUGUUAAGAACUGGUGAACUUUACAUGCCACAGAAUGUACCUGAGAAGCUUUUAUACAGAGAAGCUUUGUUUUAUGGUGUUCUUGACCAUGUUCGGUCUGCGAAAUGGGGUCAAUUUGAUGGGAACAGGUUGAGGUUGUCUAGGUCUGUUCAAGGACAAGCACCUGGUGAUGGAACAGCGAUUCGAGCUGGUCCAGAUGGUGGUUGUUGUGUUGCUCAUGGUUGCAUGGUUCAUGUUUAUGAUUGGAUGUUAGAUCAACAUAAUCCUCUUAACCUUGAUUAUCAAAGAGUCAAUGAUGUUGGUUGGGUUGACCCUAACAAUAUUGUUAUAGGUGUGAGUGAAAGACUUGGUCGUGGUGAUGGUGGAAUGGGUUUGUUUAGUUCACAUAAUGGUGAACUUAGGUACAAGUUUCAAGUUAGUCAUGAAAAUCAUGUGAAAAGUUAUACUGCUGGUGCUUUGAGUUUCAGUUCUGAUUAUAAGAUAUUUUCUAGUUGUAAAGGGAGAAGUAAUGAAUAUGGUGUUGGUGUUUGGGACCAAGUUACUGGUAAACAAGUUGAUUUUUUUUAUGAGCCUUUAGGUUGGUCGCUCGGCGAUGCUGAUAAACUUCAAUGGUUAGAGGGGAGUAACUGUUUGUUAGUUGCAACGAUGUUUCCGAGAAAAGAUAACUGUUAUAUUAGUCUUUUGGAUUUCAGAGAGAAGAAAAUGGUUUGGUGUUGGUCUGAUGUAGGUGCUACAUUGGUUGUGGAUGAGAAGAGGGUGAGAGAUGCUAUAGCAAUGGAGGGUAACAGUUCAAUUUGUGUGGUGAAUGAGUUUGAGGAGUUAGGUUUCAUGGAUUUGAGAAGCUCUGCUGCUGCAAGUGUGAGGUGGAGUUCUAGAAGUAGGUUGAUGAAAGGGAAGAUGCCUGAAGAACCAUGUUACCCUAAAUUGGCAUUGCAUGGUGGACAACUUUUCUCUUCCAUGAAUGAUUGUAUUUCAGUGUUUUGUGGCCCUGAAUGGGUUUUAACAUCGAGACUUCGACGUAGCUAUGGUGGGUCAAUCUGUGAUUUUUCCAUUGGAGGUGAUAGGCUUUUUGCACUUCAUAGUGAAGAGAAUGUUUUUGAUAUAUGGGAGACUCCAACACCACCAAUUCUAUGA